GCGACAAGGAGGAUCUGGAGAUUCAUACUUGGAAUGGGAAGAGUGAUCCGGACAAUCCGUAUGUGCACUGCCAUUCUGGAGGCACUACUACCCCGAGACUAAUCAGUGUAGAUUCAACUGGACUCCCGCCUACAAGUGGACAUUGACCGUCACCGUGUGCUUCAUGUAUGCUUCCUCCCCCCUCCGACUUUUUCCAACGACACAAGCUAAUCGACCAUUCCUCUCAGCUCCAUCUUAACGGGUAUCCCGGCCGGCUCCUAUGGCUCGGGCAACGACUACAUGGAACAGCGCUUCCACGUGCAAAACACCCCGUUUCCGAACCUCUACUGGGCGACGACCUCGUGGAACAUGGGGGCCGCCUUCUGGCCGCUGAUCUUCGUGCCGCUGACCGAGGCCUCCGGACGGAUGCCGGGGUACUUUGUCGCGUACGUCCUGCUGAUCAUCUCGCUGUUCCCGUCGGCGUUUGCGCAGAACUACGCGACCCUGGUGGUGACGCGCUUCUUCGGGGGCGGGGCCUCCUCGGUCUCGAUCAACAUUGUGGGCGGCAGCAUCAGCGACGUCUGGUAUGGGGACCAGGCGCGCAGUCUGCCCAUGUCGCUGUUUGGGCUGACGAGUGUGAUUGGGAUUGCGCUGGGGCCGUUUAUUGGGUCGGCGAUUGUGCAGAUUCAUAAGGAGGAUCCAUGGCGGUGGUAUGUGAUUUCCCCCUUCCUUUAUGAUGGGCUUGGCCGAAAAUUGACAACAAGCUCUCUUGGAAGGAUUUUCUACAUCCAAAUCAUCUACCUCACCGGUCUCCUCCCCCUCUUCUGGUUCAUCCUGCACGAGACGCGCGCGGACGUGAUCCUCGCCCGGCGGGCCAAACGACUCCGACGCGAGACGGGGCGCCCCGUCUACGCGGAAGCCGAGCUGGACCACACGAGCAUCUGGCGCCUCCUGCAGAUCUCGUUUGAGCGGCCCACGCGCAUGCUGGUGACGGAACCGGUAGUGAUCUUCUUCACCCUGUGGAUCAGCUUCGCCUGGGGGAUUCUGUAUCUGUUCUUCAGCAGUGUGGUGCAGACCUACUCGACCAACUACGGCUGGGGCACGCUGCAGACGGGGCUCAUCCAGCUGGCGAUCUCGGUCGGGGCGGUGAUCGGCACCGCGGUCAACCCCCUCCAGGACUGGCUGUAUCGCCACUCCGCCCGGCGGAAUCGGGAGGUGGCCGGCCGCCCCAUCCCGGAGGCGCGGCUGUACACCAGCGUGGCGGGCAGUCUGCUGUUCGCCGGCGGGCUGUUCUGGUACGGCUGGGCGAGUCGGCCCGACGUGCACUGGAUCGUGCCCACCUGCGGUAUCGCCGCCACCGGGCUGGGCAUCUAUAGUAUCUACAUGGCGGUCGUCAACUACCUGACGGAUGCCUACGAGAAGUACGCCGCCUCGGCGCUGAGCGCGGCCAGUCUGGGGCGGAACUCCUUCGGCGCCUUCCUGCCCCUCGCCAGCUACGAGCUCUUCGAUACCCUGGGCUACGGAUGGGCGGGCUCGUUGCUGGGGUUUAUUGGCUUGGCGCUGUCGGUGGUCCCGGUGGUCUUGAUUCUCAAGGGGCCGGAGAUCCGGCGACGGAGUCCGUUCAUGCGCGAGUCGACCUUUGGGGCGGACGAGGAGGUCGAGGUCGAGGUGGAGAAGGAGGAUGUGGAGGGGGCGGCGGGGGUGGCGGGGGCGCCCCGGGAGAGGGUGGUCACGAUGAAUGAAACCCGCCAUACGGGGUUGCCGCAGCAUGAUGUGCGCAGGGAGCGGAUGCGACGGGGGCGGACAGAGAGUGGACAGUGGGGCGGGGGGGAGGAGGAGGAGAUGCUGGGGGAGGGAUAUCGAGCUUAGGGUUGUUGUACAGUACAAUCAUGUAAAUGCAUGACAUUUCCCCCCUCCCAAGGCCCCUCCAACCCUAAGCAGCAUAAUUCUG